GCUGAGACCCUGCCACCACGUACAGGUUUGAAUUCUACGUCUUUUGAGUACCCAAACAAUACCGAUAAAAAUUUUAACCGACCAUGGACAUGUUGCAUUCUAAACCAGCUUUGCAAGCGAGGUCAAGAAGAUUGAACACGUAUAUGGUAGAACAAUAAAACUGCAGAAAGUCACGUCGAGACAAGUUGAAAAUAAUAGUCGAGUAUAAUUUCCAUAUAAGUGUAUGCAAAAGAAACUGGUGCAAAGUUUCAACCAUCGUCAUUAGUAAUCUGACUCCGAAUGCCUGCGAACUCUUCUGUCAUUUCCAAUAAAUUUUGGUCAAGGCAAUCUUAUCGUUGUAUGUGAGAGCUGAUUAUUAAAUUUUUACCAGGAAAUCUGAAUUUAUCAAUUACAUCAGCAGAGCAACGUCCGAUUGGAGGACAAUUAUCGGUAAGAUACCGUUCGAAACAAGUGGAUGAGAAUAAUAACAUAACAUGUCGAUAGAAAAAAAAACGACAGGGAAAGACUUGGAAGAUAAAGAAAGGACGGAUGAAAAGCCAACGGAGAAAAAAUCAAUAGAGACACAGCCGACAAAGAAUAAGGCGACGGGUGGAGAACCAACGAAGAAAAUGUCGAUAGAGACAGAGACAAAGCCAGUAGAGAAUAAGCCGACGGAAAAAACGCCAACAGAAGAAAAGCCGACGGAAAAAAUGCCAACAGAAGAAACGCCGACGGAAAAAAUGCCAACACAAGAAAAGCCGACGGAAAAAAUGCCAACAGAAGAAACGCCGACGGAAAAAAUGCCAACAGAAGAAACGCCGACGGAAAAAAUGCCAACACAAGAAAAGCCGACGGAAAAAAUGCCAACAGAAGAAACGCCGACGGAAAAAAUGCCAACACAAGAAAAGCCGACGGAAAAAAUGCCAACAGAAGAAACGCCGACGGAAAAAAUGCCGACAGAAGAAAAGCCGAGGGAAAAAACGCCAACAGAAGAAAUGCCGACGGAAAAAUCGCCGACAGAAGAAAAGCCGAUGCAAAAAACGCUAACAGAAGAUACGCCGACGCAAAAAACAUUAGCACAAGAAACGCCAGCACAAAAAAUGUCAGCACUGGAAAUAACGCUACAGAGCAUGCCACCGAAGAAAAUGCCGAUAAUUCCGUUUUGGCCCACUUACGGAGAUUUCAUUUUAAAAGUAACGUUCACACUGGCGUGCUUGAUGGCGGUGAUAAUAUUCACCGUGUGGUUAUCAACGGCUCCAUUUUUCAAGCAUGCGAAAACAAUUUAUGAUUUCGAAGCGAAGAACCUCAACGGCCAAACAAAAAAGUUGAGUCAAUACACGGGAUAUCCUAUGUUAAUAGUAUGUGUGUCGAACAAGUGCGGAUCAGCCGAUGUUUAUUGGCAACAAUUACAAGAUCUCUACGAAAAGUUUAGAUAUACGAAAAAACUGCGAAUUCUGGCUUUCCCUACUGCGGAAUUCAACAGAAAUCCUGAUGAACCGUCAGAUUUUUUAGCGUGUAUCAAGAAGUAUAAGGUCACCUUCGACGUAUUUUCAACAGUUAAUGUCAACGGCUGCCGUGCCCACCCUUUAUGGAAAUGGUUGAAAACAGAUGGGACUGAAGAUAUCGAAGGGACUCCUGAUAUGUUUGUUAUUAACAAGAACGGGAAAUUUAUCCAUCGCUUUCGUGCAAACGUAAAAUCAUCUAUCAUUGAAACCAAGUUAAACGAGUUAUUCCCGUAGAUAAAUUAAUAUCGCUGCUUCACACCGAUCCAAUGAGUGCUAAAUAUAUUUGUACGCAGUAUCAAGAUCCAUAUGUGUCACAUAAUCUGUCGUGUAAUCAUAGCCUUCCAAAAUAUUAGGUUUUCAGCUUCAUAUUUUGAAGAAAAAUCUGCAUUUUACGGACGACUUUCUUAUAACGUGUCUUCACUUUUUUUUGUGAUUUACAAAAAAUUAUCUACGAAUUCUCUGCGCAGUUUUCUUUCCGAAGAAUUCGUCGAUACAAUAAUAAGAGCCAUUGGUUCACGACCACUCCGUUUGACCAUUCAAACCGUUAGCUGCAACAUUUGAGCGAUGAAACUUAACACCGAAUUCCUCAGUUGCGUUCGUAAAGGAUUUUCAAAGGGACAGAAAUAGACAAGGUUUUCUAGGAUCGGUAUAAAUAGCCGAUUAUAAUUUGAAAAAAACGCUUUGACAAUAAGACAUCGUGGAGUUGAAAUGAUUAUUGUCUCAAACUUUGCACGACUGUGUUCCGACGAAUUAUUUCCAUGCACUGUAAUAACCACACGAUGCAAUUGUUAUGUGGAAAUUUGAUUAUUCAUAAAAAUAUUUUGUCGAUCGGCCACCUGAUCUUUGUAUGAGUGGCCAAAAUUGUAAAUCGAUAAGAAUUUGAUAAUUUCAUCACUCAUCGAAUAAAACUUCUUUAAAUCGUGAAACAGCAAAAAAAAAAAGAAAUGUCUUCU